GAGAGUGAGAGGACUCCUCCAAAGUCUCUGUGAACAUUGUGUUUGCGUCAGGAGCAGUUGCUGAGGUCCGGGGUUCUGGGACGAGACGCACAACCGAGGACAAGAUGAAGACUCUGGUGCUACUGCUGCUGAUGGCUCUGGCCUUGACAUCUACCACUGCACAGAGGCCUCGAAGUCAGUUCACCCGUUACCGCUCAUGGAACUCCCGCAUGUACCCCGUGUGGAAGGACGGAGACCCAAGAUUCAGAAAUUGUUGGUCUGGUGGCCCAGUCGCAUUUGAGCUGAAGAACGACGCACCCACGCUGCUUGGAGCUAAAUCAACCUUUAAUAUUAAUCUGGUUUUCCCUGAAAACCAAACAGUGCUCGCCGAUGGGCAGGUGGUGUGGGCGCGUAACUGUACCGUCGAUGGUCAACAAUAUCAGGCCGGCCAGGCGGUAUAUCCAGACCAAAGCAAUGAGUUGACUGGUGUUUUCCCUGAUGGCACGCCUUUCACCAGGAUCCGGGACAGGCAGCCGCCCCGUUACGUCUAUGUUUGGAAGACAUGGGGAAAGUACUGGCAGGUGGCAGAUGGACCCUCGUCUUCGCUCACCAUCUCAACAAAUGAUGCCUCCCUGGGCUCCUACAGCAUGGAAGUUAUCAUCUAUCACUGCCGUGGAAAAAACAAGUUCAUCCCCCUUGGCUACGCCUCCACGCUCUUCACCAUCACUGAUCAAGUUCCCUUCACCGUAUCUCUGGCUCAAGUCAAUGACAUAAACCAAGAUGACUCCAACUUCAUCCAGAACCGAGCCAUUGCUUUCAAUGUCGACCUUCACGAUCCCAGCCAAUACUUGAGCAGCGCUGAUAUCAGCUUCAGUUGGGAUUUCGGCGACAGCACCGGAACUCUGAUCUCCAGGGAGCGCAGUGUCACGCACACAUACAUGUCAGUGGGGACCUUCAAACCACAAGUGGUCUUGAUGGCGAGCAUCCCCAAUGGUUGUUUAACCCCAACUGCUGCUCCAGUCGUGACUCCAGCAGCCGACCCAGCAGCUGACCCAGCAGCCGACCCAGCAGCCGACCCUGCAGCGGCAGCGGUCCCCGCCCCUGACACUGACCCAGCAGCAGCGGUUGAUGAGCCAGUCCCUGACGCCACUCCAGUCGAGGCCUCCGUGCAGCCGGCCGAAGCCGCCGACGCAGAGGUCGCAAUUGACGAAGGAGCCGAGGAAAUUGAGACUGUCUCAGCAGCACCCGCACCGAUCGACACUGCGGCCGUUGCUCCGGCAGAACAAGACCCAGCCGCCACUGCCGCUCCCGGCGCAGAGGUUGACGCUGCUGCAGAAGAUGUAGCUGCAGCUGAAGACACAACAGAGGUUGAAACUGCCGUUGUGGAUGAAACUGCCGUUGUGGAUGAAGCUGCGGAGGAUGAAGCUGCGGAGGAUGUGGCUGUGGUUGCCGCUGUGGCGACAGUCGCCCCUGAAGUUACCAUAGCGGCGGAAGACAACGCUGUGGUGGCUGGUGCUGCUGCUGAAGACACUGCAGAGGUGGUUCAGGCUGAAACAGAAGCCGCCAUUGCUAAUGUCGUCGUCCCCGCAGCCACUGAGAGCACCACUGUAGAAGAAGCAGAGGCAGCUGAUGCUGAGGCAGAAAUGAGUGAGACUGACAACGAUGUUGCUGUUGCCACGGCAGCUCCAGAAGCGGCCGAUGAAGAGGUUCUAACCGAAGGAGAAGUCCAAACUGAAGUCGAAGUAGAUACAGCACAAGUUGCCCUUGUUGUGGUCAAAAGACAAGCGCCAGAAGUUUCCGCCGACUGCAUGGUCUACCGUUACGGCUCCCUUAUCACUUCUGUUGAUGUCGUCCAGGGAAUUGAAAGUGUCGAGAUUGUACAGAUGUCCAAUGUUGUGUCACUGGUCACUGAACUAGCUCAGAAUGCUGUGGAUGUCACAAUUAGCUGUCAAGGAAGUUUACCAAGUGAGGUCUGCACAGUCAUUUCCGAUGCUGACUGCAUCACACCAAUGGAAACGGUCUGCGGUGCAGCCACGCCCUCUCCUGACUGCCAAAUGGUCCUUCGCCAGUUCUUCAAUGACUCAGGCGUUUUCUGUCUCAAUGUCUCCUUGACCAACGAUGUCAGUCUUGCCAUGGCGAGUGCCCGUGUCAGCGUGGCAGUAGCCUCUGGUGGUUCUCCAGCUGGAACUGCCGCCAUAAUUUUGGGUGUGAUGGUUCUUGCCUGCGUGGUGUGCUGUGUCGGGUUGAUGUAUAGCAGGCGCUUCAAGCAGUACCAGCCCCUGAGCGAAGACAACAAUGGCGGCCGCUCUGCAGUAACGUCAGCGCCUUUGCUGCUGUGGAACUUGCUGAUGCGACAGUCGCCCGGAGAGAGCCGCCCACUGCUUCAGGGGAGGAUUGUGUAAAUGUCAACACCACAAUGCACAAAAUGUCUGAUUACCAUAUUUACCUAUAUACUCUGUGAUCAUCUUGAAAUAAACAAGAAAGCCAACCCCAUUAUGAAGAUGGGAAAAAAACCUCAGCAAUUUUGGUGUCUGUGAUAUUUAUUUUGGCUUACAAUAUUUAUAAACACUGACCAUGAUUUUUGGCCUUAUUGUAUAUAUCGCCUAAAUUGAAAAAUCAAGAUUUACUAAAUUGUCCACAUGUAAUCAGUUCUUACAUAUCACAGAGCACUGGUGUUGUAAUGUGAAUAAAAUGGAACUUUAUCACAUUAA